CAAAUUCUAUUAAGGUUGAAAUGUACAGUGAUGAUGAAUCUGGCAGACUACUUGGCCAUGAAGACAGACUGAGUGAGAAGGAAGAUGGUGUCAUGGCUGAGGACUCAUUGGUUGAGCCUCUGGGUUAUUGUGAUGGUCCUGGUCAGGAUCCCCACUCGCCUGGAGGCAUCCGUCUCCCCAAUGGAAAGCUGAAGUGUGACAUUUGUGGAAUGGUCUGCAUUGGACCCAAUGUACUUAUGGUGCACAAAAGAAGUCACACAGCACUCAGCGGGGACUUUAUGUUUGAUGCUGUUUCAGGUGAGCGGCCCUUCCACUGCAACCAGUGUGGUGCUUCUUUUACUCAGAAGGGGAAUCUCUUGCGGCACAUCAAACUACAUUCUGGUGAGAAGCCUUUCAAGUGCCCGUUCUGCAACUAUGCUUGUCGGCGUCGGGAUGCACUAACAGGUCACUUACGCACACACGCAGUCGGCAAGCCCUACAAAUGCAACUACUGCGGCCGCAGCUACAAACAGCAGAACACAUUGGAGGAACACAAGGAGCGCUGCCACAACUAUUUACAGAGCCUCAGCAACGAAACCCAGCAUCUUUCUGCACAUCCAGGUGAAUUUGGGACUCCAGAAUGGUACAAGCAAAUAACAAUAUAA